UCAAAAAGUAACAACAACAACAGCAGCAGCAGCAACAGCAAGCAAGCAGCAGCAGCGGUCAGGAUGAGGCGCAAUGCGAUGAUACGCCGAGGUUUGUGGUAAAUUCAGAGUUCUGCUACGGAACCGAGACGUCCUUGGGUCUUGGGAGUCCCGUGAUCGGCGAGGGAGGCUGUCCGGGAGCCGUCGCCCGCGUGGGAGAAGGGUUCCGAGGAGUUCAGCUCAAAGCACGCGGUCUUCACGGCGACUCAACGCCGCGCAGAGGUGCCCACCAGACUCCCCCGUCGGAACGCCCGCCGGUCAAGAUGAGCAGCAUCGACUUCACGUCGCUCCUCGAGUCGCUGGAGGAGUUCAACUCGAGCGAGCUGCCCGAGGAGUGGACGCGCCUGUGCAACGCCAGCGACCUGGAGUGCCUGUGGCGCGAGGUGUUCCACUGCGUGCACCCCUUCGACAAGAGCUCGCUCUUCGUGCCCAUCGCCUUACUCAACUGCUUCGUGUUCUUCGCCGGCCUCCUGGGCAACGCGGCCGUGCUGUGGCUGCUCUGGCGGCCGGGCCGAGGCGGGCGGCCCGAGGUGCGCUGCUACGUCCUCAACCUGGCCGUGGCCGACCUCUUCGUGGUCCUCACGCUGCCCGUGUGGACCGUCUCGCUGCUGGGCCACGGCGCGUGGAGCCUGGGCGACUUCAUGUGCAAGUGCACCCACUUCGUGUACAGCGUCAACCUGUACGGCAGCAUCUUCUUCCUCGUGGCGCUCAGCGCCGACCGCUACGUCACGCUCGUGCUCUCGCCCGACCUCCUGGGCCGCCUGGCGGAGCGCAGGGCCCGCUCGCGUGCCAUCGCCUGCGCCGGCGUGUGGCUGCUCGCGUUGGCCGUGUCCAUGCCGGACAUCGUGUACAUCGAGUCCGGCACGGCGCCGCACACCAACCAGACGUACUGCGUGGCCGCCUACCCGCUGGGCGCCUUCAGCCAGUGGAUGGCCGGCAUGCAGCUCAUGUGCAACGCGGUGGGCUUCGCGCUGCCGUUCCCGAUCAUCGCCGUAUGCUACGCGCUCGUGGCUCGUGCGCUGCGCGACUCGGGACGCGCGGGGAGUCCGCGCGAGGCGCGCAGCGCGCGGCGCCUCCUCGUCGCCUACGUGGUCGUGUUCGUGCUGUGCUGGCUGCCCUACCACGCUGCGCUCUUCGUGGACGCGCUCGCGCUGCUGGAGGUGGUGGAGCUGAGCUGCGGCGCGGAGAGGUUCCUCUACUCGGCGCUGCACGUCACGCAGUGCUUCGCGCUCGUGCACUGCUGCGCCAACCCCGCGCUCUACUCCCUGCUGAGCCGCGGCGCGCGCGGCGCCCUGCGCAGGGCGCUCGUGGUGAGAUUCAGCAAGGGGGAGCGGCUGCAGGAGGAGGCGGACGCGGCCACGGGGGACACGGACUGCACCGAGAUACGGCCCUCCGAGCGCGCCAUCGGGGACUGAGAUGCGCACGCCGGUGUGCCGGCGUGUGCGCGUGUGUGUGUGCCAGUGUACGGGUGACGGUGUAUGUGCGCAGUAGUCUCGUUAAACAAACGGUGAUGCCAUAAAAAAAAACAUCCCUCAUUAAUGAGCACGUGACUGGCAAUUGAAUACCGUAUACCUUGCCCUUUCACAAACAAAGACAAAGGCCCCCCGUAUAGCCUUGACAGACUGUGGGGGCAAGUGCUGUUCGCGAGCACUUAUGAAGCACAAACACGCACACACACGCGCGCUCGUCUCUGUAUAUACAGAAUCAGUCUGUAAAGCAGGGGGUUUUCAAACUUCCAGUGCCCGCUAUCUAACACGGCCCACCGUUUCGUGUUUGCCAUUCCUCGUUGUCAAGAUGCUAACUUGAGUACUUUGACUUGUGGUACACCACCAACGGCCCGAUGAUUGGCAAACUCGCAGCGAAAGACACAGAGAUCACUAAAUUAUAUUUUAAGAGAAACAAAAUGAGCAGGCAGUUCGUCUCCUUCGUAGAUCUGUCCUGCCACGUAAUCUUAGGAGCAUUGGAUUAAUACAAGCAAACUCUGGACUGGGUUCAGCAUUCAGUGACUCAUAAGCAGAUGCUUGCUUGAAUCCAUGCUUGUGAACUGCGAGAUGUGUAUAUACAGUAGAGGCAAGGGACCCACUCUCUGUUAGAUAUGGGUCCUAGUGUGAUGCAACACUCUACAAUACACAACAAAUAUUCAUCAGAUACGUAAAGGAUGCGAUCUGUCGGCUUAUUUAAUUUUGUAGCUAGAUUCUUCACAACGGCGCUAACGAUUAUAGUUUCAUGAGGUCCGUCUUACUUUCCAGAGCUUUCUUAUAAUCUGGAGAAUACUGUAAAAGCAUAACUCUGCUCUGUGUCGUCCACUUAAAAUCAAGUUUUAGUCCAUCGACAUAUUGGCCUUCAGGAAUAAUAUAAAGCAGCAUUUGUUAAUCCUGGACCGUUUCAAUUUCGAUUUAAAGCUUUCGUGACUGCAGGGAUUCAUCUUCUUGGUUCUUUCGGUAAAGUCAUUCAGACGCUGUCUUUCCGACAGACCUGUUCUUCACCUGAGGACGGCUGCUUGCGUUGUGGCCGAAACGUCGUGAGAAUUGUAUUUUAUUAUGUUUUAUUUUUAUUAUUUUAUUAUCCUGGACCGGUUUACACCUUAUGGGUCUCAUCAGCAGUCAGUCCUUGUGAAACAAAUGGUGCCACCUGAUGUUGUUGACCACUUUUUUUUUUAUAUGGAAAACCACUAGUUUGCGCUCCUACAAGGGAGUACAGGGCGGUACAUAUGUCUUGUGACCUCCCCCCCCCCCCCCCCCAUUUAAUACUCCAAAACGUAAUAUGUUUGUCUACCGAUGGGUGUGAAAACAAAAAUGAAUAAGCAAAGGAACAUUGCUUUUAAGGGUCAAUUCAUUGGGGGUUACAAGACAUGUGAACGACCGUGUACAGUAAUAGCAAAACUACACCAACAUUCUCGCGGAGCCCUCUCGUCGUGGCUAGCAGAUCUCGACAUUGGCAUUUAGCUCCUUGAACAUAUUGCUGCUGCCAUACCCGAGAAGAUAUCGUGAUGAUCACGGAGGGCGCGCCCGAAAGCCACUCGGAACGUCUUUUGUUCUCGAGAACAGAACUUCAACUGACGUGGGACAAUCCCUGGAAACACAGUUGAGCCACGGGAUGAUGGCCUAUUGGGACUUGUUUUUCUUUGUAGGUCGUGUAUUCAUUUAUCCAACCGCUGCAAUUCACAGUUGAUUACCGGCUGCCCUCCGCGUGCGUUUCUGCCAGCUGACCCGGAGGUUAAUUCGAAUUACCGCAGCUUUGUUCGCCCAAUUUUUUUUACAAUUACAUUGCGAUUGCAAAUAUGCAAUUAAUUCCGGGUGUGUAUUUGUGAGCGAAUAUCACGUUUAAAGUGAGUCAAACCGUGAAAUCGGAGGACUGGGUGCUGGAAACUAGUGGCUUUACGGUGCAUCGAAUAAUUCCUUAAAACUGAUUGUUACGUUCACAAAAAAUAGAAUCGAAUUAUCCUGGCGAAAAAAACCCCGAGACUAAUUCUCAUAAAUGAAUAUUCACGUAUGGGCGGUGUUCUUCAUUGUAAGGCCCGCGGGACACUGGCGGCCCCUGAUGGCCUUUAAUGGGGCCCCUGAUGUACGGCCCCCGACAAUACACAAAUGUCAAAACCACCCUAUCAUUGCUGUCAAACCCCAGUGUUGGCACCUCUACGCCACGCACGCAACGGUCGCGACUGCGAGGUACGAAUCGGUCCAGAGGGAUGCUGCAUCAUAAUAAUAAUUCUCACUCGCCAUCGUAAUAGCUGCUUACACAAACAUUCGCGAAGAGUCAUUUGUACAAUUUAUAUAAUGAGUUUGUAUCUGCUGGUGAGCGGCACGUGACCUCGUCAAGAAGACAGACUUGCCCUGUGAGUCCGAACCGCUUUGGGCUAUAAAUGAAACCGAGCCUAUUCGGAAAAACGAUUUCGUGAUGAAGAAAUUCCACGUCCAGUUGGCAACACGCAAAUGUUAGUUGACACACAACUGUGAUGUUUUCCUAGCCGUUUCUUCCAUCGGCUGUGUUACCCUGGUGCCAACAUUAUAAGUGGCUUGACAUUUUUGGCUUGUGUGUGUGUGUAUCCAAGGUCUGUAUAGUGUGUUUGUAUUAUAUAUUUUACUCUUUAAAGUAUUUUACAUUUUUUGCUUUGCACGCGUUGUGGAAAAUAAUCCCGUGGAGUCCCCAGCGGUGGUUCACAACCUACGCUCCGCGCAAGUGCCGUGGGAAGAUCCGCCAAAAUGUUGAGAUUUUUGUUUUGUUAUCACAAAACAACUUUGUAUUCUUUACUUGCGAAAAUGUUUUGAGGGUUGAUAGUGUUCCCGGAUCCUGAGAGGGGUUCGUAUCCUCUCGCCAACGCUAAGUCAAUACUGUGUGUGUGUAUAUAUGGGGAGCGGUGGCGCAGCAGUUAGCGCACUUGCACUCCGAACCUGGCAACACCGAGUUCGGUUCCCGUUCACGAGCAACAACAGUGAUAAUUAUCUGUGCCUUUCCAAGAUUGACUCAGCCUAAAAUGAGUUACUGGAGGGAUGUGUAAACAUGUGUAAACAUCGCCACUGGGGAGAUAAAGGCGAUCGGGCAUGGUACUGGCCAUCCAUCCCCGAGUGUGCCUUCAUAGGUGCUCGCAAACAGCACUUUCCCCAACAAUCUGUUAAGGCUAAAGCGAGGAUCGCUGUCUUUUUAUCUGGCCUAAAUAUCAUCGUCAAAACGUUUAUUUGACCGGAAAGAAAUCCCACGAAGAAAACGAAUCUCAAGGAUAAUAGUCAAAUAAUUUUCACGCCGUUUGGGUGGUAGAAGCAGGUCUCCAUCCAGCAGUGGAUUGAGGGCUGUUUGACGUGCCACGCAGCAGGCGUGUCCUGGACGAAGCAAGAGCGACUAACAUACAGAGAACGCGUGUCGUCCGAGAUGAAUUGAAUUGCACAGGGACGAACAUAUUUCAAAGGAAUGCAGAACCAAUGGAUCGUCGCCGCUUGUGCGAACGAAUGAGAUUAACGAAUGAGAUCCCGCGACAUCAUGUCAACGAAGAUAUCACCCAUUAUUACAGUAAAGUAUUGUGCAACUAUUUUAAAUCUAUAUAUUUGAGAUAGCAGUUCGACCUGCGUGGUUGACAUGUUGUUGACAGAUUGCUUAUUUGUAUACACUUAAGUUUUUCUUGGUGGAUGUGAUGGCGUGUCAAAAGUAAAGGUGCAGCCCUGCAAGUGCUCGCUCUCGCCACUGUCGGCGGAAGGGCCUCCACUGGAGGGGAGCUCUAGAGAGCACCCCCUCUAGAGGGUCAUUUUUUGGCCUACUCUUCCACGUUGCUCAGACGUCUUGAAAGAGGUGGAAGCACCCACACUUUACCCCACCACAUGCAACCUGCCGAUCGACCGCGGUGUGCCCAUUUAUACUGCUGGGGGUGGACAGAGGUGGCGGGGAUAGGAAACUUCCACCGUUAACCUGGCACGCCGGGAGGUCGAACCGCCCACAUGGUGUGGUGACCUUGACAGUUCGUACACUCGUGCAGCAUUGGCAGACGCGUGCGUUGAUUGUAAUGGCCGAGCAUAAAGUGAUAUGCCGCAUGUUCUGAAGAAACGUAUUUGUCUACAGUUGUGUUUCUGUGUUACGCGAGCGAUGACGGUGCGUGGUGCUUACUUUGCGGCUAAGUCUCCGUGCAGCCCUGCCACCGCGAUUCCCACGCGCUUUGCUUGGCACCGUGAAUCGUUGUAUAAAUCAGAUGUGGCGCAUAUCGAAGAUGUGCUUUGAUAUGUAUCAAUUAAUACGAUAGUUCACUGAAGACAUUGGGGCACUGCAUUCCAAAGUUCGAUUUCCAACUAUUGUCAGUCAAUAUGCCCUCUCUGUACAUGAAAUAAAAUAGGUAAUUGCCUGAAACGUCAGACUCAAAUCUGCAAUCAUCCACAUUUACUGAAUAAGUGCCCUGCUGUUCAAGGUCACCAUCGAAGUAACUUUGAGUCAAUGUUACCGACAGGCUGCAGUGAUAGCCAACCGGAGACGAUUUCAUUCUUUUCGUGGGACUCAUCAGUACAGUACCGUCACCGAUGCUCAAGCUCCAAAGUCUGCUUCUGGUAACCAUAUACUGUACCGGUCGGCCCCACUUCAACACAAUGAUGAGGUCCACAUGUUAUAAGCCAGGGUUAAUAACAACAGUGGAGAGUUUAUUUUACUCGUACUUACACUUAGACCGUGAGAGGUGCCGACGGGUAGCAGAGACCUUAUUUACACGGCAAUGCACUCACUGAUCAUGGCUGAUUAAUAAUAACGAUGAUGAUUAUGACACGUGCAUGUGUACACAGCUCGAGGACAAUUAUCGUAGAUGUCUCAGCCCCGCUGAGACAUCUACUGAGACAUCGACUGUGGCUCGCCGUUCUGGUGGGUUUUUUUCCCCAAGGGUAACUACACAGUCACAAUUGCAGAGUUGUUCUUUUAAACAAAUGCGUGUGGUUAGAAUAAGCCUCAAAGGCUUCUAGGCUAUAGGAAUCAAUUCAAAUCUGUUCACGUGCAUGCACGGAAUGAAGGUUGAUUGAUAUACGAAAGGGCCCCAAAAUGCUCCUCAGUGGGGCAUGAUGAGUUUUCCACAAUGUGAGUAACAAAAGAUAAAGGUACAGCCCUGCAAUUUCUUGUUCGCGCCACUGCUAGAAGAAGGGUCUCCACUAGAGGGGGCUACACAUCUCGGCAUCCCGUUCCACGCUGCACAUGUGAAGUGGGUCCGCAAAUAAAUAAAUAAAAGUAGUUUAAUUCACUGGAUUUCUGAUUUAUUUCCUCUCUCCCAGAAGUGCCUUUUGAUUGAGUAAAACACGUUUGGAAAAUGAUGAGAAAAGACAAAAUUGUAUCUCUUAGAGAAAAUACUUUAAACGAGGAUAUCUAAACGGCAAAUAAAUGCCAAUGGGUAAUCAAAAUGUAAUUAUGUUUUAUUUUACAUCUUACAGUACAAUUAAGAAUGAAUGAUUGGAUGUGGCUGGGUAGCUCAAGGAUUAGUGCCCCGAGUUGGCACUCCUGAAAGACUGGGAUAAAUCUGGAUUUAGCCACUCGUGAUUAAAAUUGAGUAUCAAGCGUAGUGAGCUGAUGGUCUCAGCUUGGUCAUUAAUGAUCGUACAUCAAACCCCCGUCAUAUUAAAUUAGAUUGUUUUAUAUACUCAAUUUGCCAAAACAAAGCACGUAGAUGCGAGAACACAAAUAUAGGUUUGAUUUUCAAAAAUGUACUUAAAACUUUCGUGACUGCAGGAAUUCAUAUUCUUGGUUCUUUCGGUAAAGUCACAUAGAUAGAAAACAAAAAGUAAAAAAUAAAAAUAAUCAAAUUCAUCAUGAUGAAGACCGCUUGUGUUGCGGUCGAAACGUCGUGGGUUUUUUGCUUUUAGUAUUUUCAUUUUUUUAAAAUUUUCAUUUAAAUGUUUAAUUUCAUUUUUUUCUAUCUACGUGACUUUACCAAAAUAACCACGAAUAUAGGUUUGACUUGUAAUGAACAUCUCUACAACGAAGCAAGGCCCAUUGGAAAGUUGCACCGCCCAUCCGUGUAGACAGAUCUCACUUAUAGUGGUCUCAGAAGUAGUUCUCUGAUAUCUCCUUCCACAGGCUGUCCUUUAACACGGUAUGAUGCAAUGCUCUGCUCGAGAUCAGAAGCGAUUAUUCCUUCAACCUUUCAAUUUAGGUCAGUAGCACAAUUGUUUAUAUAAUUGGUCGGGGGAAAAGACGACGCGUUUUCUUCUUCACCACGAACGAAAUCGUACAUAUUAUAACCGAUGAAGUAAAUAUUAAGCUAAAUAAACAUUUGUGCAUCAUAAAUAGACCCACGUCAUGUAUCGCCUUGCACGGUUUUAAACAAGUGGGCCGAGUGGGCUCGGUGGAGCUGUAAACCAGAGGACUUGCAUUCACAUGCUUCAUGGGUCACAACUUUUCUGUAUAAAUAACAACACCAACAAAAGUUACCACAGCUAUGUACUCCCAACGGGGUGAACUGUUCUGAUGUUUGUCCUUCGUGCACGGUGUACGAUCCACAUAAUCACUGCAUUACACGCUUCGCAGUAUUUGUCCUCUGGUGUUGCAAAAAAAAAAAGUGAUCUCGUGAUUGUUGAAAUCUGUCACUCAUAGUUACGGUUGUGCAGCAUUGCAGGCGGUUGAAUGUACGUGUCUGUACAGCUGUGUGUGUGUGUGUGUGAGCCAUUGUGUGUGUGUGUGUGCGCGCUAUACAUAUUAACAUAUAACAAAUGUGGGGUUUAUUAACAAAAAUAUAUUUGUAUAAAGUAUUCUGUGCAAACAUUGCAUAUAGCGUGGAACCUAUUUUUGUAUUUGUGUCAGUUUGAUGCAUGGUGACAAGACCUGGGAUACUGAUGAUUAAAUCAAUAGAUUACA